GUAGUAGCACGCGUUCCAAUCCCAAUAGAUGGUUUAUAAUCAGACUCGAUAAGAAAAAGGGGAGAGCUAACCUUAAGCAGAUCAGCUGGAGUCGUAGAAACGAUCUGAGUAGAGCAGCAAGCACACAGUGGAAAAAAUCCUAAUUUGUCUAAAUUAGAGAUUGGUUUGAAUCCAACUGAUACCAUGUAGAACAAUAAAAUAUUGACAUAGAUAGAAAAGUGUGUAGACAUAUUAGAGAAGAGUAGCAGUUUUGUUAUCACUUUACAAAGCAUCUAUAUUAUAUUACAAGAGACUAUGCUAACGAGUAUACAUAACCAAUGUGGGGUACUUAUUUUACAACAAUUCAUAUCUAUUUAGAGCUUGAUCUUCAUUAUCUUGAUGCCCUUCAGGCUUUCCCUUAUUCUGUCCAAGACCACAAAGAUCGAUCUUGAUUUUGCUGCUAUCAUAGUGGAGAUAAUCAAAGAUAUACCUUUCCAGGAUGAGAAUGGCUCUAUUAUUCUUGACGAGGAUGGAAAGCCUAUCUUACAUACUGAUGGAACUGGAUAUAUCUCUGAAGACUUGGCAAUGAAGUGUUCGAAAGAUUUACUCGCCUCAAUGCGGAGAGACGCAUGAGCGUCAUGCGUCUCUACUUCGAAUUAAACCAGCGGCGAAGGCAGUAGCUCCUCAUUCACGCACGCAGACAUCAAACACUCACGGAGGCGACGAUUUCUUCCUAGAUUCGGCGAAAGAAGACGAUUUCGACUUGUUUUCCGAUUAGAUGGCGACUUCAAGUUCUACUCGACAUUUAUUGUAUGGACUCGAAGACCCGUCCGUGUUAAAUAUGCAAAAAAAUCACAUUUCAAAUAAACUGAUGAAAGGGGGAACAACCCAAGUAUUUAAAGUUCGAAGGACUGAAAGUAAGACUUGGGACGCCGUGAUUCACGAGAAUGUAAGAUAUUGGCUUGACGUCUUUGGUUUCAAAGGCGUGAUCGAUUGUGGGAAGCCAAUGAAGGUCGACAAUGAGCUGAUCACGGCGUUGAUUGAGCGUUGGAGGCCGGAGACACACACAUUCCAUCUACCGAUCGGUGAGACGACGAUCACCUUGGAAAAUGUGCAAGCCAUCUGGGGCUUGAGGGCGGAUGGCGUCGUUUUCACGGGUCGUGACUAUCAUGACAACUUUCCAGAUUGGACCAGCAAGUGCCGCGAUCUGUUGGGAUGGAUACCAGAUUCUUCCACAGAGACAAAGCAAGGCGGUUUGCUGAUGACCGCGCUGAUCAACCAGACAAGGAUGCCUCUGGGUGAUGACCCGCCUACUUACGUAUACAUCCAAAGAGCACGUAUCCAUGCCCUAAUUUUAUUAGGAGGUCUCAUUCUACCGGAUACCACGGGGUGUAAGGUGCCAUUUAUGUGGUUGAAUGGGCUUGGGGAUCCGGAAGAGGUGAAGAAUAUAAGUUGGGGAAGCGCGGCAUUGGCCUACCUUUAUCAUUAUCUAUGCGAGGCUUCCAUGGAUAAGAGAAAAGAGUUAGGCGGCCCUAUGAUCCUCCUGCAGCUAUGGGCGUGGGAAAGAAUGCCCACAUUGAGGCCUGCGUUCAUAGGACCAAAGGUGCACGAGCCAUAUACACCAUGUGGCGCCAGGUGGAGAGGAACAACGCAGAUAGGAAAUGCUCCAAGACACUCGGUUGAGCAUUACCGUGACCAAUUAUCUCUGAUUAGACCUGGCCAGUUUAUCUGGACGUCGUACGCACCUUUCACACUGCCUGACUACUGCAAUGAUGUGAAUGGAUGCUCUUUGUGCGAAACCUACUUGGUAUGUUGGGCCUAUGUUGAGGCCCAUGAGCCUGGAAGAGUACGCCGACAGUUCAAUCGGUACCAGGAUAUACCUCAGUCCGUAGACAGGAUGCUAAGGAACGCCGAUCAUUUGGGCAAAACUGAUCGGCGUGGCAAGAAAGGCAACAACUGGGCAAACACGCAUCAGUUCUACAUUGGGGAGUGGGACAUGAGGUACGAAAGGUUCCAAGCUGCCCAGUAUGCCGCAUCGAUGUCCAUGGAUAUCCCCAUGAACCCGGGGUAUAUGGCGUGGUAUAACAGGAUUACCGUGACGUACAUGACUCAGCCGGGGACACGGGCCACUACUGGGAUGAACGAGUCGGCUGCUUCGCUGAGACUAUUUGUUGAGGGGUUUCAGCAGGUUUUCCAUUUAACUACGGAAGACGAAAUGGACCCACGAGUGCGCCAGAUUCGGGAAAUUGUUAAGAAUGUCCUCGAAUCUACGAACAACACGGAUGUCAUGGAGUACCCCGCUUCUCAACAUCAGGAUGUGGUCAUGCCUUAUGAACCAGAAGUAGUUCCACGACGUCGUGGAGUGCCUGGUGUUCGGACUGGGGGACACGGCUACACAAAGCAGUUCAGGAUGUCCCAGCCGGUGCCCGAUUAUGUAGCACCAGAGCCGCAGUAUCAAGUGCAUGACCCACCCCAGUGGUAUUCAUACCCGGCGCAUGAGUCACAGUCACAGUGGGAGCGUCCCCAGUAUUCUCCUAGCCAGCCUGAGCCCGAUUGGCAUCGUCGCCCAUAUUCACAAAGCCAGGACGCGCCGCAAUGGAGUGGGGCCCGAGCCUCGGUCGAUUCAUUCUUCCAGAAUUAUCAGGUAGUGCCUCCUGUACAAGCUGAAGAAGAGGAUGAUGAUGAAGGAGUAGGAGAAGAUGACAACAUUGUCGAGGCACAUGAGGAAGAAGACGUUCAGAGCAUCUGUAUCCAACCUCGACCUGCUGCAGAGGGUUCAUCACGAGGCGGGGUUGGGAAGCUCGUGAGCAAAGUGUACAAGAGAUUGUCCUCCAGGAAGAAUAAGGGGGUUGAACCGUCAAAAUAUACUCCAUCAGCGUAUAAGUAGCAAUUUUUCAGCGUAUAAGGGGGUUGGAUAUGUAUGUUAUGGUUUGGUGCUCAAAUUCAUGUUAUUUAUGUUCAAUUAUGUCAUGUUUAUCU